AUGUCUGCAUCGGGUGAAUUUGGAAACCCUUUACGCAAAUUUAAGCUUGUUUUCCUUGGAGAGCAGAGCGUUGGGAAGACUUCGCUCAUCACUAGGUUCAUGUACGAUAGUUUCGACAACACUUACCAGGCGACAAUCGGCAUCGACUUCCUGUCUAAGACCAUGUACCUAGAAGACCGCACGGUACGGCUACAACUGUGGGACACUGCAGGCCAGGAGCGCUUCCGCUCUCUCAUUCCUUCAUACAUUCGGGAUUCAACUGUUGCGGUCGUCGUGUAUGAUAUUACCAAUGCGAACUCGUUCCAUCAGACCUCCAAGUGGAUCGAUGACGUGCGCACGGAACGCGGGUCCGACGUUAUCAUCAUGCUAGUGGGCAACAAGACCGACCUGUCGGACAAGCGGCAAGUGUCCACCGAGGACGGCGAUCGCAAGGCUCGGGAACUCAACGUCAUGUUCAUCGAAACUAGCGCCAAGGCCGGCUACAAUGUAAAACAGCUGUUCCGACGAGUGGCGGCUGCUCUCCCCGGUAUGGACUCAGCCGAGAACAAACCACCCGAAGACAUGCACGAGGUGAUACUUCGCCAGGCGCCGGGCGACAACAAGGAGCCGGACAGCGGCUGCGCGUGCUAA